CUCAGGCCCAGGAAGAUCGCGGGCGGUCCCAGCGGGUCCUGGAAGCGCCGGCCGCGCCGGAACCCGGAGGCCGGAAACCAUGAGCGGCUUCCUGCGCUCCGGCUCAAGCAACUGGCGGCGGGCGGCCACCUUGGUGCUGGCGGCGGGCUGGGCGCACCCAGGCCCCGGAGCCCCGCCGCUGCCGCCGCUGCCGGCCGAGGGCUUCCGGCUGCUGCUGCUGCAGCGCUCCUCGCGGCAAGGCUUCCUGCCCGGGGCGCACGUCUUCCCGGGCGGCGUAGUGGACGCGGCAGACUGUUCGGACGAAUGGCUGCGCCUCUUCGCGCCGCACCACGGGCCGCCGCGCUUCGGCCUGAGUCCCGCGCCGCCCUCGCGCACCGCCUUCCCGGUGCUGCCCGCCGCGGAGGACCGCACGGGGCUGCCGGACGACGUGGCCUUCCGCAUCUGCGCCAUCCGCGAGACCUUCGAGGAGGCGGGCGUGCUGCUGCUGCGGCCCCGCGCUCCGCCGGCCGCCGGGCCCGAGCCGGGCCGCGCCCUCUCGCCGCCCGCCGGCCUGGACGCCUGGCGCGCCCGCGUCCGCCGCGACCCGCGCCACUUCCUGCGCCUGUGCGCGCACCUCGACUGCACCCCCGACAUCUGGGCGCUGCACGACUGGGGCGCCUGGCUCACGCCCUUCUCGCGGCGCGGCGGCCGCCGCUUCGACACGGCCUUCUUUCUGUGCUGCCUGCGUGAUCCGCCGCCCGUCUACCCGGACUUGGAUGAGGUGGUGGGCAGCCAGUGGCUGCACCAGUCUGCAUUCCCACCACACCUGCCCUUUAUGCUGAAUGACUCUCAACCCUUGGUGAUCUAUCCUGUUUAUUUACUAGUUCUCAGGUGGUCAUCUCCAUUAGAGGCAACUGAAAGUUUCAUAUCAAAAGAAAUUUGGUUGGCACCCCCACAGUUCUAUGAAAUAAGAAGACUGGAAAACUUUGCCUCUCUCUCGGACUUGCACAAGUUUUGUUUGGAUCAUGUAUUAGAAGGGGUGGAAAGAUGGAUGCCAAUCACAUUAUUAACUGCUGAUGGGUAUAUCUCACUUUUACCAGGAGAUGAACUGUACUUAGAAGAUUCAAACUUCUUAGAAAAUCACUUGUCCACUGAGAAGAAGACUGAAGAAAUCAUGAAGGAAGGCAAGACAUUUCACCGCAUAGUGAUACACAGUCGCCAUGUUUAUAGUAUCCAUGUGACUGUUCAGUCAAAGUACAAACACGUUUAUCCUAAGACCUAUGUAAUAAGUAAGAGCCAUUUGUAGUGCAUUGUUUACUUGUAAGCUGGCCUACUUGAAGUUGUCCUAGUAAAAAAUGAGGGAUAAAUAGACUUGCUUGGAACUUUAAGGAACUUAGUGCCUAUACCGUAAAAGUUAUAGUACAGUGUUUUGUAUUUCAAGUGUAUUAUGGAGCUCUCUGGCUUAUUUUGUCUAAACCUUACAGUGUCACGCAAGUAUAAAGUAUUAAUGAUAUUUUUACUAAAAUGAGAAAAAAAUUUCACAAGGGUUUCCACUUCUGUAUUGUUUUAUUAUUAAAAGUUUAAAUAAACUGUUUUACUGCCA